AUCACGAUCAGCUAUGCGUGUCCCUCGGUGGGUAGAGUCGGUCACCUCGCUUUUCCUUUUCCCCUUCUCUCAUCGUCACCUCCAUCUUCAUCCUCACUACACCAGCAGUAGCGGCUUGUGCAUCCCUUUUACCAUCUCGAUCGUCCCCUGCUUUCCUUCCAAAAGAAUCAAAUCGAGGGCUACUCCCUUUUCUCGAUUUCAUCCAUCUUUUAUUUAGUUUUUGCAUUCCCAAUUUUGUAUAUGUUUGUCUGUGAUUAGAGGUGAACUCCUCCGGAUUGGUGACGAUGUCUUGCACCGACGACAGAGCUUGCCGUUUCUAUCGUCGAGGAAGUGAUUGGUUCUCUAAAACUGGUAUCCCAAGUGAUAUAGUUAUUGAAGUUGAGGGACAAAUGUUCCAUCUCCACAAGUUUCCUUUGUUGUCAAAAUGUGGAAAGAUUGCACAUAUAUCAGAAGUAUCACAAAAUGUCAAAGAAGGUACACAUCAUAUUUUAUCAGGAUGUCCUGGAGGAGCUGAUGCAUUUCUAUUGGUGGCAAAGUUUUGCUAUGGCUUCAAGGUGGAAUUGUCACCAAAAAACAUCAUAAUGGUGCAUAGUAUAGCUGAAUAUCUUGAGAUGACAGAGCAACUUGAUGAGAAUAACCUACUUCCUGAAGCAGAAAGAUUCUUUCAUAAAUUUGUUCUUCACAGCUGGAAAGACUGCAUUGUGGCUCUGCAAAGCUCUGAGGGUUCGCUUCCACAUGCUGAGUCCUUCCCUAUUGUUACCAAGUGCAUUAAUGCUCUUUCCAGGAUGGUUUGUACUGAUCUUAGUUUGUUUGGGUGGCCUAUGAUGAUGUAUGGAAGCUUGCAAAGCCCUGGUGGUAGUAUUUUAUGGAAUGGAAUAAAUACAGGUGCUAAAAUUAGAAGUUCACAAUCUGAUUGGUGGUUUGAAGAUAUCUCAUGCUUGGGAGUGCCAAUGUUCAGGAGACUAAUGGAAGCAAUGUAUGAGAGAGGUGUACGACCAGUAAUUGUAGCUGGUGCUUUAAUGUAUUAUACCGGAAGGUAUUUACGUGGUCUUGAUCGGUGGAUGAAAAAGCAAGGAUCCAGAGAUCUUGCAUUUCUUACUGUGACACCAGCUGUAGUUGAUCACAAAGUGUUACUGGAAAACAUUGUUAGUCUGCUUCCCCAAAAGAAGGGAAAGGCUUAUUGCCGCUUCUUGUUAGGACUUCUAAGGUUUGCUAUUAUACUGAAUGUUUGCCAGCAAUCUAAGGAGACUCUAGAGAGAACUAUAGGCAUGCAACUUGAACUGGCAACACUUGAUGGUCUUUUAAUUCCAAACUUCUCAAAAUCUGACAAUCUAUAUGACACCGAUUGUGUUGAACGGAUUAUUCACCAUUUCUUGCAUUCACAGGAGUCAGGUAUUGCAACAUUUUCACCUUCCUCAUCUGUUUCUGCAUCUCCAUUGUCUAGUUCUUUAAACAGAGUCAUAAAGUUAAUAGACAGUUACAUCACUGAGGUUGCUCCUGAUGUCCAUUUGGGAACUGAAAAGAUGCUUAGUCUUCUAGUAGCUCUUCCAAAAUCUUGUAGAAGCCAGAACGACGGACUGUAUAGGGCAUUGGAUGUGUAUUUAAAGGCACACCCUUGGCUUGUGGAGACUGAGAAAAUGCAACUUUGCAGCGUUAUAGAUUAUGGAAAACUCUCUGUUGAUACAUGUGCACAUGCAUCACAGAAUGAACGCUUGCCCCAUAGAAUCAUUCUCCAGGUUCUAUAUUUCGAACAGUUGCAGCUGAGAUUGUCCCUUUCUCAUUACCUUGAUGCUUUAGACAUCGACAGCACAGCUGCUGCAAAUAAUGUGGUUGGACAUAUCCUACAGAGAGAUGGAUGGAUUUCACUAAUUCAUGAAAACCAGGCCCUCAAAGUUGACAUGGAAAGCCUUAUGUCAAGAGUUAGAAAUUUGGAACAGGAAUUUGUUAUCAUAAAACAAAAAAUUGGUAGGGUGAAUAGACACCAAUGAUUUGAUAAGCACGGCUUGCUUCAUAUCUUGAUGAUUUGGGGUUUAUGCAUGUACCACUGGCAGUUGACUACCUUGACACUGUAGGAGGAAAAGAUCCUAGUUCCACACAGUUGUCCAUGCAUCACAUAUUUCAAAUUCGUGUGAUAGGAUUGGCUUGGCAACUAUUCUUGUACAUGUUGCUAAGAAAGUUCUUUUCUGGAAAGCAGCAAACUAUCUUCUUCAAAGUAGUAAGAUCUCAAAUGGAGCAAGAAUGUAGUCACUUUACCAAAUGGUUAAAUCGGUAUCUGAGAUAAAACAAUCCAGGAACUCUGAUUUUCUUCUUUAAAUGGAUCGUGCUGUCUGACUCUCAGCUGAGACAUACCAGUCUUCUAACAACUGCUGACCUACUUUAGGAGAACUGGAACUUUUGUCUUGAAUCUGCAAACAUGGAAAAUAAGUACUCCAUAUCUCAUCAUAAUUUGUCAUCAUCUGUGACGGACACGGUCAAAGAGAAUAAUAACCUGAAGAACAGGAAGUGAGUAGCAUCCGCUCACAGUUCUGAAUUUUAUUUACGUGAAAAAUCAGAAAGGGGAAGCAAUGAAUUCUUCAAUGGUUUGUGACAGGUCACGAGAGUAUAUGGCAAUUUCCUUAGUCUCCUUAGUUAUACGGGUACAUCUUCCUUCCGGAGGACAAGCAGUCAGAAAAUAGGACAGUAGGCAAAUGGUUGCAAGUUCUUGUCUGAGUCCCAGAUGGUGUUCUCUGUGGAAGGGAGUGCAGCAUGCUGUAGCGGCAUCCAACAUACGAAUGCCUGCUGGGUGGGAAAAAUGAGUUGGAAAAAGAGUUGUGUGCGAUGGUUGGCAGCGGGCAGUCUUAUUGUGAGUCCCGGCUCGGCUUGUCACAGCACCAAGGCGGUUCGUCCCUUUCCGCGGCCCACCACUACGUGACUGCCAAGGCGGCUCCAAUCCCCCUCCACCAUCGCGCUCACCACCAACUCAGUGCCGCAGAGUCUAUCGCCAGCUCCGGAAAGAAAGGGGUCGCCGUCAACGGCGGUGGCGGCGAGGACCAUGAGGGUAAUGGCGAGGCCUUCGGCCAGACGGACGCCUCCAAGUGCCCCGUCGCCCCGGCUUUUGACGACCACUGCUUCGCUGUCAACGACAACACCUUCGCCGACCAGCACCCUGCCGCUGCCGACAAUGAUGAUAUCAAUACCGACAACGCCGAUCGAAAGGGGGUCGCCACCUCCGCGUCCCACCACCAACACCUCCACCACCACCGGCAGCCCCAUCACCAGUCGCCUAAGCGCAAGGAUCGCGACGAUGCCAGCAAUGGCGAGCCCCCCUACUGCUACAACAGUAGCUUGGCGGCCAAUAAGAAGUCGAGGCCGAUGUCGUCCCCGGGGGACAACGGCAAGGGCCGGGAGGAGUGGACCGACACGGCAAUCGGCUCCCUCCUAGAUGCCUACACAGAGAAGUAUGAGCAGCUGAACCGGCGCAACCCGCGGGGUAGGGACUGGGAGGACGUGGCCACCAUCGUCAGCGAGCGGUGCAACAAGCAGAAGGUGUGCAAGAGCGUGGAGCAAUGCAACAACAAGAAUGACAAUCUCAAGAAGUGAUACAAGGUUGAGUGCCAGCGGAGCUGAAGGUAUAAUAACUCAGAGGUAAAGUCAUUCUCAAAUCCAUGAUGGAAGAGUGAUUUUGAAAAUUUGUGGUACGGCAUUAGCUGGAGUUGGUCCCGACGAUGUUGACCCCAAGGUAAUUGCACUUAUUGCUAAGGAAAUUGCAAUUGCAAACCAUUCUGGUCUUGAGGUGGCUGUUGUUAUUGGAGGUCAAAAUAUAUUUUGUGGUGACACUCGGAUAGCUGCGACUGGAAUUGAUAGGGCUACAACUUAUCAAAUGGGUGUGACAUUAUGCAUUCGUUAAAGUUCUUUUGGCUAAGCUUUUAUUUACAUAUGAAUAAUGGUAGUAUGAUGGCAUCAUUGAUGAAUGCCAUAAUGCUCCAAGCAUCAUUAGAGAAGCUUGGUGUUGAGGUGCGUAUGCAGUCUACCUUAAUGAUGCAAGAGAUUGCAGAACCAUACAUUAGGUGCAAGCUAUCCAUCAUCUUGGAAAA